AUGUAUCACAAUCUCCCUACGGGGAAGAGUACGUUAAUGUGCAGUACUUCUCACUCGAAGGAUAGUUUUCCUCCUCCUGCCCGUAUUCCUUCUACUACUAUGAUGACUGGCAAUGAGGAUAAUAAUAAUAAUAAUAAUAAUAAUCAUCAUCAUCAUCAGAAUGAUGGUGCGGCUUAUGAUGAUAAUGAUGUUUACAAUGAUAGUUACACUGGGAAAGAAAGUGAAGGUAUUUCACAGUGGAAUCGAUUUCCACGCCGUUAUCAGAUUGGAAGUGGGAGUUUUGGCAGUGUCUUUCUCAGUCACGAUAUGCUCCCCAGCAGUCCAUGGUAUCAACAGACAGUGGCAGUGAAAGUGGUGCCUUUGCAGACCCUCACCGAUAAGGAGAUUACCCUCGCGAUGAAUGAAGUAGCGAUUCUUCGACAUAUUCGCCAUUCAAAUAUACUGCAGUACAUUGAAAGUUUUAUUGAUGAUGAGAAACAAUUGUGUUUGGUGGCGGAAUAUGCGGAGGGUGGAGAUUUGGCAACACUUCUUCGCGACUGUGUAGGAGAGGAGGGAGAAGGAGAAGGAGAAGAAGAGAGAAAAAAUGGAAAGAGUCAGCGACCAUGGAGUCGAUUACAGGAACGAGGAGAGAAGGAGAAUAGUAUGCGGAGAUCUAGAGAUGUAUGGGAAGCUGGAAGUAGAAAUAGACUUAACAACAGUAAUGGAUUAUUAUUAUUAUCAUCAUCAUUAUCAUUAUCAUUAGGAGAAAAGAUAUCAACCCCUACAUGGAUAGAGUCCUAUCGAAUUACAGAUAUCGUACGUCAAUGUUUGGAAGCCUUAUCUUAUCUACACAGUUGUUAUAUUAUUCAUCGAGAUAUAAAACCAGCCAAUAUCUAUUUAUCAAAGACGGGUAUGGUGAAAAUAGGUGAUUUUGGAGUUAGUCGACUUGUUAACAUCACAGAUCCAAUGGCUACUACAUUUAUUGGAACUCCUUUUUAUCUUUGUCCAGAACUUUGUCUAGGCGAAACGUACUCCUUUAAUGCAGAUGUCUGGGCAUUAGGGGUAUUAACAUAUGAGAUGUAUUGUAUGAAACUUCCCUUUGCGGCGGAUAAUGUAUUAGCACAAAUUCACGUCGUUACGGAAGGAGAAUAUGAUAGAGAGGCAUUACACCGUCCACACAUCUUUUCAUCUACACAACAGGAAGAAUUAGAAAAAAUGUAUGGUAGUGCUUUCUCAGCACAAGAGGAGACAUUACAUCGAUUGGUUGUAGCCUUAGUGGAGCGUAUGUUGAUAGUGGAUCCCGUUAAACGUCCCUCGGCAGCACAGUUAUUACGGGAAUUCUUUAUUAUGAAUCCAUCACGCUCUCCAUCAGUAUCCGCAGAAGAACGUCAUUUAUACUCUUUACAUUCCUCUAGAUAUAAUGAAGAAGUACAAGAACGAGACGAAGAAGAACAAAAAGAAGAAGAAGAAGGAGCUGCAGUUAGUAAUCAUAUUGAGGGACACCAUACAUCUCUUUUACUCAUCACCGAUCAUAUGAGUAGUUUAUGUAAUUCAAAUAAGAAUGUAGAAGCUGGAAUCUUAUUAGCCAGUCGUGUGAGUGCCUCUUAUGAGGCGUUACUUGAAAUGACGCCAGCAGAUAGACGAGAUGAUGUCAUUCAGGCAGCAUCACGUCCAAUCUCAUCAUCAUCAUCAGUGUCUUUCCUAACACCAUCCGCUUUAAAAGAAGGAGGAAGAGAAGGAGAAGGAGAAGGAUGUAGUGGUCGUAUAGGAGAGUCUGUAGAGUUAACAACACAUUCUAGUAGUCAUAAUAACACUAAUAAUAAUAAUAAUAAUAAUAAUAAUAAUAAUAAUAAUAAUAAUAUGAUGAUAGUAGAUUUGGAUCUUGCCAUGCGAUCCGCUACUCGUCAAGUAGUAUCAGAGACAAUUGAACGUAUACCAUGGCUGCGGCAUGCAGAUGCAUUCUUUUCAUUAAGUCUACGAGAAGGAUAUGAUGAUGAUGUGGUAUGUGUAGAUUGGCCAGAUGAGGAUCAUUUCUCAUUAGUAUCUCCACAUAAUAGACGUCGAGCCUCUACUCAUCACACAUGUCAUGAUCCCAGUUUCUCUCAAAAGGAACAACAGACAAUCUUAACAACAACCACAAACACCACAAACACAACAGUAUCAUCAUCAACAACAAGAACAGUAAAAACAAUAAUAAAUGAGGAAGAGGAGUUUUUGACUCGGAAAGAAUGUAAUAAAGAGGCUGUGGCCACCUCUGCUACAGCAGCUGCAGCAGAAGUACUGAGACGUCUCUCUGUACCAUCUAGUUCUCUGCAGAUGUCGACAAGUUGCCUUAAUAAUAACAGUAAUAAUAAUAAUAAUAAUAAUAAUAAUAAUAAUAAUAAUAAUAAUAAUAAUAAUAAUAAAGAAGAAGAACAAGAAAAAGAAGAAGAACAACAACAGUUAUCUUCUGCUGGUGCUUCUGUAGUUGUGGGUAGAUGUCAAGGGCUUUCAACAGAGACAUUAGAGGCGAUGUUGCGUAAGAAAAUUAUGUCCAGUUAUGUACAGCGACAGUGGCGACUAAAAAAGAUGCGAGAGGAGUAUGCGGCUCGUGAGGCCGAAGGUUUACGCAUGCGGGCGGAAUUAAAUGAAUUAUACGCAAAGUCUUUUAAUGCCAAACGACUUGCAAUGACAUUACAACAACAGGAAGAUACCGUGAUGGAUAGUAGUGUAGAUCCACCAUCGUCACUCUCAGUAACGCAGAAUCCCUUAUCUUUGGCAGCAGCCAUGCGAACAAGAGGAACAGAAAUGUCAGCAGCAGCAACAACAGCAGCAGCAAAAGCAACAACAACACCAAGAACCUCACCAAAAGAAGCAGCAGCCGUCUCUAUUACUAAUACUCCUAAUAGUAGUAUUAGUAAUAAUAUUAAUAAUAGUUAUAAUAACAAUAAUAAUGAUUCUCUUUUUGAUAAGACAACGAUUUUUCGAGAUCGAUUAAAUCGUCUAACGGAUUCUGUUUGCCAACCACUUUCUGCCCGCAGCAAAUUGCAACAGACUAUGGUCACAAAGGAGGUACUGCGCAUCGCAAAGGAUGCCGCCGCAGUGGCCUCACGCCGUGCGCAUUGGCUGGCAAACCCACCCGAACUCCUUGAUUUCAGCAAAAGUAAAAGUGACGAUAGCGAUACUACUAGUACGAGUACUGAUGGUAGUUAUAAUACUGAUACUACUUCUUCUACUACUAGUUCUACUACUAGUACGAGUACUUUUAUUACUAGCAGUAGUAAUAGUAGUAGUAGUAGUAGUAGUAGUAGUAGUAGUAGUAAUGAUAAUAACAGGUCUUGUGAGGAUGAUGUACCCGUUACACUGUGUAUUGUGCGCUCUGAAACAGAUGUGCAUCCUUCAGCUGAUAAUACUACUAAUACUAAUACUAAUACUCAUCCCAAUAAUACUGAUAGUAAUGUUGAACAGAUUUCUGGUCGAUUGGUAUUGCCAUUGCAUCUUGCACUUCGCCCUAUUCAUCAGCGUACACAUUUGAGCGGUCUUGUACGACGUGUAAUGGCAGCGUUGAGGUCUGGUGGACUUGAUUAUGUGUUGCUCUUCCCGUUGGAUGUGAAUAGCGAGGCGGAGAAAAUGGAUGCGGAGUCGCUUUGUCUGCGGUAUGUUGACAGUGCGGGUGAUGUUGUGGUAAUUGCAGAGCGGUCUGAUUGGCAGUAUGUGUUGCGUGAUUGGAAGCGCCGUGGUGGGUUGCCGUGGCUUAAGUUGUGCAUGGUGAUGCCGUAG